UGGGACUGUCUGGGGGUAGUGGACAGGAACACUAUCUGGAGAAAUGCUGAAAAACUCUCUGCGCAGGGGAACUCACUUAGUGAGUUGGGCAGAAGGCUAAGGCAUGAAGAGUAUGCAGCAGUUCCUGGAGUAAGAGGGGGAUUGCAGGCAAAGAUGGAGAGAGUGAUGGAGCACAACUACAGGAAGUGGCACUGAUCAGGCAGACCUACUCCCCAGCAAGACCAGACAACCUCCCCACUUUUGACACUUAUUAUCCGGAAUUAGACCUUGAGCAUCCAACACCAUGAGCAACUACAGUGUGUCUUUGGUCGGCCCUGCUCCUUGGGGUUUUAGGCUUCAAGGUGGAAAAGACUUCAACAUGCCUUUGACCAUCUCUAGGUUAAAUGAUGGUGGCAAGGCAGCUAGAGCCCAGGUGGGGAUAGGUGAUGUGGUUCUCACCAUUGAUGGGACAAGUACAGACGGGAUGACUCAUCUGGAAGCACAAAACAAGAUCAAGGCCUGUACAGGCAACUUGAACAUGAAUCUGCAAAGAGCGCAUUCUGCACCAAAGCCUGAUCCUGUUCCUGUACAAAAGGGAGAACCUAAAGAAGUAGUUAAGCCUGUGCCUAUUGCAUCUGCUGUUGCACCCAAAGUCACUUCCACAGUGAACAUGGCCUACAAUAAGACACCAAGGCCAUUUGGAGCUGUAUCUUCCUCAAAAGUCACUUCCAUUCCAUCACCGUCAUCUGCCUUCACCCCAGCCCAUGCAACUGUUCCAUCAUGUGCUUCCCCUCCACCAUUGGCCACUGUCACGCCUCCCUCAUUCACUGCAUCUGGACUGCAUGUUAAUGCCAAAUCCAGUACUGACCAGCGUUCACCUGCACUGAAUGCUGCUAAAACUGCAGUUAAUGUCCCAUGGCAGCCCAACACAUGCAAUACAACCCUGAACACGUAUUCCAACAACAAUGCCCAGGAUGAGGCAGAAGGACAAAGAAGAGGAUUCAAAGAGAGCCAGGUUGACAAUAAACAGCAAAAUGGUCCACCAAGGAAGCACAUUGUGGAUACCUAUACAGAGUUUUACCACACACCCACUCAUCGUGAUGCCAGCAAAAAACGAUUGAUUGAAGAUACUGAAGACUGGCAUCCAAGGACAGGAACCACCCAAUCGCGUUCUUUCCGGAUCCUUGCCCAAAUCACCGGCACUGAACACAUGAAAGAACCAGAAACUGAGACUACAAAGAAAACAAAGGAGAGUCAAACAGAAAAUGGAGAUCCCAGCGUGUCUGCAGAUCUACCUAAUGGUAUAGAAGCCCAGAAUUCCUCUUUCGAUCUAAAUAAACAUUCAGUAGCUACUCAGACCGUCGAUAUGACACCUGCAUCAGAACCUCUGUCAACACCAUUACCAGCUAUGAGACCAGAAUCUACUUCGGAUAUUUCACCGUUAGCCACGUCUUCAGCUGUCAGUGUUCCCUCUCCCAGACUUCCUGGACAUGUCUCAAGUUCACCCCGUGGGAGAAAACUCUUGUUUGACAAUCCUUUGGAAGCCUUACCUAAGUGUGCACCUCACCCACCUGCUGCUGUUCAGGUUUUAAGUGUCAGUAGUCAAGUAGCCACAGUGUCUAAAGUGGCAUCUACUUACACUAGGAAAAUAACUCAAUCUGCAGAGUUGAGUGCUCCAGGUCCAGCAACCUUAGUGACAAAUGAAGCCGGUAAAGAAAGUUGUCUAUCUGAUAAGCACACAGUAGCUACACAGACCUCUGAGCCACCCUUGCUCACAAUUGCACCAGUGGAGCCACCUUGUGCAGUCCAGUUCGUGGAAUCCAUACCUUCAGUGCUUCCUAUUCCUGACAGCUUCUACACUAGAAAAGUGCUACCUGAAAAUCCAUUGGAAGAUCUGCCCAAGUUUUCUCCCAUUCCUGUUCCUUCUCCUUCCAGGCAGAGCUCAAAAGUUAUGAGCAGUGCUGCCGCUGCCGUGUCUGCUGCUGUUGCUGUACGGGCCAGACUCUCCGAUCCUAAUGUGUAUCGUUCGCUCUUGGAUGCCCUUCUCAUCACCCCUAUCACUAAACCUCCUCCUCUACAAAGUGUCAGGCCCGCAAGGAAAUCAACAAGUGCUUUGGAGUUGCAAAAGAAAGAGAGUGAUUCCCUGGAGGCUUCACAGCCUGUUGCUUAUGCUGCUGCCUCAGUGAGGAGCAUGCCUGUAAGUCCAGACAAAACUGACACCAGACCAGCUGCAGCUAAUACCACAUCUGCUACAGCCUUUAAACCAACCGGACCUCAGAGUGCUGUCAAAUACUCAGGUUGGCAACCUUCAAACCAAGCAGCUCCUGCAAGUGGAUGGACAUCAAACAAUAUGACACCGUCUGGCGCAACUGCACCAAGCGAUAAGUCCGUGACACAGCCUCAAAUCACAGAGCAAGACACUUUGGUGCAGAGAGCAGAGCAUAUUCCAGCAGGAAAGCGUACUCCUAUGUGUGCCCAGUGUAACCAGGUCAUUAGGGGACCUUUCCUGGUGGCAUUGGGGAAAUCCUGGCAUCCAGAGGAGUUUAACUGUGCUCACUGCAGAACCUCUAUGGCCUACAUUGGGUUUGUGGAAGAGAAGGGCGCUCUCUAUUGCGAGAUCUGCUAUGAGAAGUUCUUUGCCCCUGAAUGUUCUCGAUGCCAGAGGAAGAUACUUGGAGAAGUAAUCAAUGCUUUGAAACAAACCUGGCAUGUUUCCUGUUUCGUAUGUGUGGCCUGCCAUAAUCCCAUUCGCAAUAAUGUCUUCCAUUUGGAAGAUGGAGAUCCCUAUUGUGAGACAGAUUACUACGCCCUCUUUGGUACCAUGUGCUAUGGCUGUGAAUUCCCCAUUGAAGCUGGAGACAGGUUUCUUGAAGCCCUGGGCCACACCUGGCAUGACACCUGCUUUGUGUGCUCGGUAUGUUGUGACAGUUUGGAGGGUCAGACGUUCUUCUCCAAAAAGGAUAAGCCACUGUGCAAGAAGCAUGCUCACUCAGUGAACUUCUGAAGCUUAGGCCACAUAUAGUUAACAAACAUAAGGAAUGGAAAAGGUUGAAUUUCAUUAAUGUCCAUUUUCAAUAGGCCAAUAAAAUAUUUAUACAAGAUUUUAGGAAAUGGAGAGAAAAGUGA